AGUGGCUUUGGGUUGACAAGGCUUAGCACAACGUCCUUGUUCAGAACCACAGAACGGUCGAGGUUGGAUGGCACCUCCGAAGGUCACCUUGCCCAACCCCCUGCUCAAGCAGGGCCACCUAGAGCAGUUUGCCCAUGACCACGUCCAGAUGGCUUUUGAAUAUCUGUCAGUAGUCUGUUGUCCUCACCGUUACAAGAGGAAAAGUUUGAUGAUGUCCAGAUGGAGCCUCAUGAGUUUUAGUCUGUGCCUAUUCCUUCUUGUCCUGGCACUAGGCACCACUAAAAAAACCCUGGCCCUGUCUUCUUUGCACCCUCCCUUCAGCAGUGAGCAACUGAAGGAGGAGUUGGAUGCCCUUCAAUGCCAUUUCACCUGGCAUUUGGGUGUAAUAGGCCACGCUGGACCUACACACGUCCUGCAGAAGCUGGCUGUUGAAAUCAAGCACACAGCCCACCAAAACCAGGCAGUGCUCUUGGGGCUGCAGGCAUACCUGUAUCACCUGAAAGGCCAGAACAGAGAAGCUCUGCAAAGCCUUAAAGAUGCUGAAGAGCAUGAGACACAAGAUGAGCAGCAGACAUCUACUGCUGGUUCUUUGAUUAUCUAUGGGAAUUAUGCUUGGAUCCACUACCUUCAGGGCUCUUACGAGGAGGCUCAAAGAUAUCUGAAACUAAUUCAGCAGCUCUGGCCACCUCCUUUGGAUGCACGGCUGAUCCCGUACAUCCAGGCCCAGAAAGGCUGGUCCCUCUUGGCCAUCAGAGCCCGCAAUGGGGAACGUGCAAGAGAGUGCUUUGAGGUGGCAUUGAUGCUUGAACCAGAGAACACUUAUUUCCGUGCUGGGCUCGGAAUGGCUCUUUAUUUCUCCUGGAGUUACUUCUGGUAUCCUGAUAUUGCAAGGAAAGCCAUAAUCCAAUUAGAAAGAACUGUCCUUGAGCAGCCAAAUAACUACAGAGCUAAAAUAUAUUUAGCCAAGCUACUUGAACAUGUCGAUAUAAAAAGAUCAAUUAACUUGAUAGAAGAAAGUGCAGAAAAAAGCUCCGAUCCUGAUGUCCUCAGAAUUUCAGCUAUGUUCUGGCAGCGACGGUCUGCAGAGCGAACGAUCAAGAUAUUACGACGAGCCCUGCAGCAGGAUCCGGGCUACCACCUGCUCUACCAAGUCUUGGCCAAGUACUACAAGAUACAAUGGCUUAAUGCAAAGGAGGAAGACAAGAAGAACAUAUUAGAGGCAGCCAUCAACGAGCUCAAGCAAAUUGUUCAGAAACAUCCAGACCUUGACAUCCUGUUUGUAAAGCUGCAAUUAGCGGAGUUCUAUGGCAUAAGAGACCCACCACAGGAAGAGAUGAUCUACAAGGAGCUGCAGGAGAAGAGGGACACCCUGAGCCCCAAAGGGCGUCAAGCCCUUGAUCUCUACUGGGGAAAAUUCUUCCUCCACAAGAAAAGAUCAAUUCACGAAGCUAAAGUAAAGUUUAUGAAUGGUUACAAGAUUCCCAUGCUGACAGAAGAGAGGAAGGAGUGCGGGUGGAAGCUUAUAAAGAUGGCUAGGUACUGCAGCAGUGACGAUGCUGAUGCUAUCUAUCACUUCAUGCAAGAAACCGACCGCCACCUGCCUGCGGAAUUUGCUGGAAUUGGUCUAGACGGAUGGUGGGAGCCCUGGGCUGGAGAAAGCAGAGUAUUCUUUUUGCAAAGCUAGAGGGCAUCAAGGACUAGUGUUCAUCUGUCUCUCCAACAGCAGGCCCAUUGCUUCAUGAAGAUAUAAGGGUGCUACCAGCUUGUCAGACCAUCCCAUUGCUCAUCCAUUAAGUACAGGCCUCCCCCAGAUAACUGAGUGCCCAAAACGUACACACCCUGCCCUCAGUACUGCUUCUCUGAGAGGAGGGAAUGAAAACAAAGGUGAAGAAUUUGGCUUACGGGGUCUGAGCACAGUCUUUUGCAGGUGUACACCUGUGUGACUCCCUUGCAGUUGCUGUAGAUCAGAACUAAGUACUGAUAAAGGCAGAAGAAGUUAACUCCCUUCAAUUAGCAGAAUUUGCAUUUGUCAUUUGUAACAAAUAAGAAGGUGGCUUACUCCAUAAGAUCACUAACUGCUGAGGGGUCUUUAUGAGGGUUAAGCACUUGUGUACAGGACAGAGAUACAGUCCCCGGCCUGCCCGAUUGCAUUAAAUGCCAAUGUAGCAAGAGCUAGCUGCUGAUUAAGGAACAUAUAGUUGUGAUCGUAUCCACAUUAAUCCUUUGAAGUGUGUGCACACUUGCCCUAGCCUGAACAUAAGCAGGGGGUUUGCUUUCUUGCACUGGUAUCUACUUAAGAGGAAUUACUAGGAACACCACACUCAUUGCUGUUUCUAGCACCAAAGUGAGGCUUUUGAUGUUCUCUGAUCAAUAAAUAUUUCAAAUUCUUUUCCACAAUUUCUCUUGUGCAACAGCUGAUGUCUCCUUGCAACCGAAACCAAGCAGAGCACGGAGUGCCAGAGAUAUACCCUUUCGUCAUGGUUUUCGCUAACCCUCCCCGCAGGCUCGCGUUAGG